AUGAACGAAGUCUCGAGACCACCUGCUCGCCUCUGCUGCAUGUGCCACCGUAAAGCUACAUGCAUGUGCACGACAUGCAAGUGCAGCUAUUAUUGCUCGACGGAAUGUCUGCAGGACGACAAAUCCGUUCAUCAACUACUCUGCCGGGCUUAUCGAAAUUACAAGACACAGAUCCCUCCUGAACCUGGACUGUUCAAGGCCAUCUUCUUCAACGCCAGAAAGACCGCGCCCGAAUGGGUAUGGGUGAGGAUGACGCCUCAGUCCGGCGAUGAGGGCUUUGCUCUGCAAUACUAUCUGAUGCCAGAUGACCAGAGCAAGGGACUCGUCAACUGCGGGAACUCAUCCUACAACUGCGUUUUGAAACGCUCGCACGAUACCAUCCACAUGCUUGGCUGCCUUGAAGCCUGCCCAGCUUUACCGGAUCAACUAUGCCUGACCGGCGUCCCAAACAAGAGCAUGAGGAAUCUUGCGCCCGAGCUACUGCACUGCUGCAAAGGCAAUAUACUCUUCGUCGGCCAUCGCGCACAUCUCGACAUGACCAGUUUCCGGCAUAUCGUUGACAUGAUGCACAUGGAGUACGAUAAAUCACGCCGCCAAAUUGGAGACAAAAGAAAAGGCUACAUACCUGGUGUCCGCAUCAACUGCAUCGGUGAUCGGCUGGUCAGUGAUCGUCCGACACUCGAGGCUUGCAAAGUCACCGACGGCUUCUACGAAAAGGACGAGAGCCUCCUCAUGUGGAUUGCCUCCAAACUCGGUAUCGAUCUUUUCGCUCGCACCAUCCCCCCAGCGCUACCAUGGAGAAACCGUAGCGGUGGCUACAAAGGCUUGAAUCAUGCUUGGAACUUCGGUUUCGCACAGCUCAACCCUUCUGAGUGGUCAGUCAGCCUGGGUAGUCUGUGUGUCGCGAGGAAAGACAAGAAGCCAUUGCUUGUCGCUCACAUUGCGGCUUUGAUGGCAUAUCUAUACUCCAUCGGUAGUGGGCAGGUUCAAGAGAUUCUAGACAGCAAGGAGCCCUGUAACCUAAUCUCCAAGUUCGACGAGGCUUUCGAGAUGCACAAUGACGUGUUACUUGAAAAAGCUUCUAGAGAGGGUUUCGAGCGGUUUUGGAUAAAGUGGAUGGAAGAAGAAGGGCUAUGGAAGUAUGGGGAUGUCUCUUCACCCCCAAAAACUAACAUCAAAUGCCCCAUAAUCUUCGACGGCCGCAUCACCAAAAACCUAACCCUCCAAUCCUUCAACACACCCGCCGGCUCCACCCCCUACAACCCCGACUACGUAAAAGGCGAAAACCACACCUGGUCAUCCAUUCUCCUCUUCCCAAAGACCACACCUCCAUCUCGCUUCGACAACCCGCUCCUGCACAAACCAGUCGAAGUAACAAUCGACUCCGGCUCCCUCUUCCGCGCAGGCGAAAACCUGCAAACGGGGUUCCGCCGCGCCGGCCUCCUUCUCAAAGAGGACCAGAAUGAUGCUGGAGCUGAUGCAUCGGAUAACGGGGUUGUGACAUUCCAUUGGAGUAUCCGGCAGGAUGAACACAGGCCGUUGAAUCUGAGCCAUGAGUAUAUGAAUGUUUGGCAUGAGAAGGGUGAUUACAGCGGUAACCAAUUCAUGUUUGUGGGUGGUGUUGUGUUGGUCGGUGAUGGCGGGACGGGGGUUGAUACGAAGAAAGAGAGGGAGAUGUGGAAGGUGCAGAAUGCGAAGAAUGAGUUUGUGUUUCAGACGAGGAUGGUGAGGGGGGAGUGGCAGAAUUUUGGGGUGCAGUUGGAUUAUGUUGGGGAGUAA